CUCGUCCCCUCGAUCCUCAGCUUCUGUCUAUAAUACGGCCCUUCAACCGGUCCGUCGGCUUGCAUCUCCGCUUGAAGCGGAUGAUAAAUAUCGACCACCAAUAGAUUCAGAUAAUUCAGGACCUUGGCGACAGCCAGAGAAAUUAUGAGCACCAUCAACGACAUCACCGAGAACCAGAGCACCAAAGAAGAGAAUGGUAUGGUCGCAGAGACGAUCCAGCUCAUGAAAAUAGCAACAACGACCAGCAGAGGAAGAAUUGGGGCUCAUCUUGGUCGCAACAUGGGGAGAAUGGCUCGAGACCAACCGAAUGGUUAUCUCAAAGAAGGGAAGUCUCACCAAAACCAUCUUCAGCUAGACAAACGUCGCCUUUACCUUCCUUCGCGCAUGUCUAUCGCCAUGAUACCUCGCAAAAUGACCAUGAUAAGGCCCCAUCGCAUUGGGAAUAUCGAUCUCAAACCCGUAUCUAAUAUUGGGCUACCCCAGCUUAUUUUUAAUGCUUGCAUUAUUUCAUUCUUGUAUUUGUUUGAUUUUCUCUUUCGCCAUUUGUCCACUAGCAAAGUCAUAUGGUGACCCCACCUUUAACU